AAAAAUGAGUGAGUGAGAGCGAGGAAAAAAUUCGAAAGGAAAGAAGAUGGAAGAAUCAGUCGGAAAAUUGUGCACAACAAUGGCGAAAUUCUGCAACCAUCUCCAAACUAGCUGCGCCGCCCUCAAAGAGUCCGUCGACCGCCGCCCGAUCCCUCUCGAUUCCGCUUCAACAACCUUCAUCCAAAGCGUUAAUCGGAGAGUUUCCGCCGCUGGAGACGACCUCAACAUUCUGGAAUCCAUGUCAUUCGCAACGGUGUCGUUUGAGGAGCUCUUAGGGCACUGCAAUGAGGUCUUGAAGAAGAAUCGAAAUGGCAUUUCUGACCUCCAGGAUCAUCUCUAUUCCUCCUCCAACUACAUUGCCCCACUUGAUUUUGAUGAAGAAGCUGUGGUGGAUGACACGUUUUCCCCUGGAAGCGGCGAUGAAUUGAAGAGGAGCAAUGAUGUGGAAGACGACCCCUUGCUUGAUGAUUCAUUGAGUUUGAAGAAAUUUGGGAUCUCAGAUAGUAGUCUUGCAGCCAUAGCAUCUCAAGCUCACACUAAAGUUGAGAUGUAUGAAUCUGAAUUUGAGAUAGAAGAAGAAAGGACAGAUGAGCUGAAGAAAUUUGAAGAUUCUAAGCUUUCCCUGAAUGUGUCUAGAGAUGAUUAUGAAAGCCUUCCUAAAAUCAUGAAAGGCUUGGCAUCAUGGGAGGAUCUCCAAAUUGCGGUUGAUAAAAUGAAAUCAUGGUUGGGAUCAAAGGCAGAAAGUUUUCAGCAAGAUGAAAUUGAAUUGAUGGGACUAGGCUACAAAGCAAGAUCUUAUGUGCUGCUGCUCUUAAAAAUGAAUAGGGUGCGCAUUGACACCAAUGAAGGUGUAAUCUCAUACAGGAUCUUGUAACUAAGCCGCUUGCAAUUGCUCUUUCCUAGCUCGGGAAUGCUGUUUCAUUUCAUUAUUUUGAAGGGGAAGUAAUUGCAAUCCCAAGGGCAUUGUCAUUCCAAACUUGUAGCACGGACCCAAGGUCGUUUUGGUAAAUUUCCCUUCUGAAUCUAGUAAACUUGUAUCCGCCAUAUGAAUGGGUAAAUACGCCAACUCAUAUAGAAUGUUUCACGUUUGUUUUAAAUUGGUAGUACAAAACGUUUGAAGUUAACAAAAAUCAUAGGAAUAGUACAAAAAGUUGUAUUCAUAUUUUAUUUUAGUACAUUCCGUUACUUUUGUUUGGAAGCCGUUGACUCUGUCUAUGUGGAGCACAAAAUAUUUUGCCAUUAUUUUAGGUUGGUAUACAAAGUCCUUUGUUUUA